GUGGUUCGCCUAGAAUACUUUGGGACGGGUGAGUUACACCUGCCAGGGAUACAAGAGAUCUUCAGGGGGAGGAUCCAGUCCCUGUGGGUGGAGAAGGAGGGCGGGCGCUUUCGGCGCGCCUUGGCAACUAGCCUGGGGCUGGGAAGCCCAGCAAGACAUUUUAGCCCCCUCCACCCUGGACGCUCCUCUGGCAGAGACAGGAGGAAUCGCAGAGCCGGCAGGGCGUCCGGUCCGGCCAGAAGCCGGGAGUUUCGACAGGACGCCCCCUUGGAGGUUUUGUUUUCCCGUCUCCCGCGGCCAGGGUCGCGCUCACUCCGCAGCGGAGAGCCGCGCUCAGUGGCUGCUCCCUGCUCCUCCCACCGCACUUAAGCCCACACCCGCGGGCGCCCCGCCCCCCUCAUCCUUAUAGAAGGGGCGAGGCACCUCGGCGCGCCCGGGAGCUACAGGCUUCCCGGAGCCGACGGCGCGGCUGCCAGCUUGGCCAGAAAGCCCAGGCGCCGCCGCGGCCAAUGUAGCCAAGUGAGGCGGCGGCUGCGCCCGCACCAUGGAAGGCAGCCCCACCCCAGCACCAGCUCGGGUCGCUCCAGACCUCCGCCGCCUCCCGCGCCCCGCCUGCCAGCACCCGCUGCUUUUCUCUGGGCGCCGUCCUACCCUCACCUCGAAGCAGACAUGAAGGGAGCCCGGGGCGACGGGAGCGCCCCUUUCUGCACCCGCCUCAACCACUCCUUCCCGGGCAUGUGGGCGCCCGAGCGCUCCCAGGAAGCGCGGGGCAACCUCACGCGCUCCCCGGAGGCCGGCGAGGACUGCCGCUCGGUGUCCGUGGUGUACCCGAUUACCAUGCUGAUCACCGGCUUCGUGGGCAACGCGCUGGCCAUGCUGCUGGUGUCGCGGAGCUACCGGCGCCGGGAGAGCAAGCGCAAGAAGUCGUUCCUGCUGUGCAUCGGCUGGCUGGCGCUCACGGACAUGGUGGGGCAGCUGCUCACCAGCCCCGUGGUCAUCGUCGUGUACCUGUCCAAGCAGCGCUGGGAGCACCUGGACCCUUCGGGGAGGCUGUGCACUUUCUUUGGUCUGACCAUGACUGUCUUUGGCCUCUCCUCGCUCUUCGUCGCUAGCGCUAUGGCCAUCGAGCGGGCGCUGGCCAUCCGGGCGCCGCACUGGUACUCGAGCCACAUGAAGACGCGUGCCACCCGCUGGGUGCUGCUCGGCGUGUGGCUGGCGGUGCUCGCCUUCGCCCUGUUGCCCGUGCUGGGCGUGGGCCAUUACACCGUCCAGUGGCCCGGGACGUGGUGCUUCAUUAGCACCGGGGGCGGCGGCAACGGAACUAGCUCCCCGCACAACUGGGGCAACCUUUUCUUCGCCUCCACCUUUGCCUUCCUGGGGCUCUCUGCGCUGACCAUCACUUUCGCCUGCAACCUGGCCACCAUUCAGGCCUUGGUAUCCCGCUGCCGGGCCAAGGCCAUGGCAUCGCAGUCCAGCGCCCAGUGGGGUAGGAUCACCACUGAGACGGCCAUCCAGCUCAUGGGGAUCAUGUGCGUGCUGUCGAUCUGUUGGUCACCUUUGCUGAUAAUGAUGUUGAAAAUGAUCUUCAAUCAGACAUCAGUUGAACACUGCAAGACGCACCCAGAAAAGCAGAAGGAAUGCAACUUCUUCUUAAUAGCUGUGCGCCUGGCUUCACUGAACCAGAUCUUGGAUCCCUGGGUCUAUCUGCUGCUAAGAAAGAUCCUUCUUCGGAAGUUUUGCCAGAUCAGGAACCACAAAAACAAGUAUGCGUCCAGCUCCAGCUCCUUACCUCACCAGGGCUCCUCAACAUCGAUGUGGAGUGACCAUUUGGAAAGAUCAUGAAAGAACAAAGAUGGACUUUUUCUUACAAUUCCUGCUUCCCCGAAUUUGUGUUUUUCUUCCCACCUGAGAAUUUUAUAUUUUGAUUUGGAUUGUUUCUUAAUUUUCAUCUUUUUUUACUUUAAUUUUUUUUCUUGUCAGUAAUACCCACUGAGAAUAGGCUUAUUCCUGCCUCACAACGUUAAAUUGACUUCUUGAGCUGGAUUUUGAAUAUGUAUUUAAGAAAUUGGGCAGGAUUACAUAGAUGAUGAUUGGUGAAAAAGUGAAAAAAAAAGAAAAAAACAUCUUCCAGGAGUUUGUCCCCAAUUUCAAACCUUUACCUGAAUUUCGACCCAUGUAAACACCUUUACAUUUUGUGGUUGUUUUGAUUUUACAAUAUGAGUUUGAAAAAUCAGUAUACACUUUUGACAAUGUAAAAUCAACAUAUUGAGGGCAAAAUUCAAUUAGUAGGACAUAAAUUAAAUGAGACAGAAAAGUUGUUAAUUGAAGGCAGGACUAUACUAUGACAAAAGUUAUUUAUGCAAAAUGUGUGAUUAAUGUUUUGGAGUUAUGUCCUUCUGGGUUAAGCUUGGAACUCAAAGUCCCUACGUCAACAUUCUGGUUAUCUGCCACUUAGUGACUCUGGAAUCAAUUUAAUUCUCAUUUCUCUGUCUUUGAAGACUAAAAGGCAUGAUGAAGGGCUCUCUUGAAGUGUCAUAGAAAACAAUAAUGAGGCUAGAUGAUUAACCAUUGAGUAAAAGCAAUAGACAUCCAAGCACAGCCUUCAGUUCACUACUAUUAAUUCAGGAUUUCUUAAAAUUUAUUCUCUGGUAGCAUAAAAGGGGCAAUAUUAAUAAGUAACACAGUUAUCACAUAUCAAAAUUUGUGACUUUUUAUGAAAGGGAGAAACCCAUUUUGUCUGAAUUAUAGAAUUUUAAAAUAUACUUUGCAUCAUAUAAUAUGAUCUUGCCUUCCUAUAUGUUCAACCAGUCUUUUUAUCUCUUGUCUUCCCUCUCCUCUCUUCCUCCUUUCCUUUCCUCUUCUCUUUAAUUUAAUUUAUUGUGUCUCUUCUUUAGGAACUGUGCUAAGUAAGGGCCAUGCUGUCACCUACAAGAACAUUUGGGGAAGAGAUGAUAAUAUAGUAUCAGGAGUCAUGGGAGCCUAUACUAUGACUCCAUCGUCAUUUCUGCCAACUAAAUUAAGCCAAAAAUAGUUGAGUCAUUUCUCUUAAAUAGUUGAACCAGCUGUAAAUUAGUUAUAAACUGCAAUUAUUUUCAUUCAAACCUGUAUUUGAAAUGGCUUUAUAUAACUAUCACAAAUCAGAUGCUGUACACAAUCCCUUGAUUCAGAUUUAACUCAACACAUUUUAUUGAUCAAGUGGAAUUAUCCAAUAAUAAGAAUGCUCAUGCUUCUGUUACAUCUAUCUGUCCAUCAUUUAUCUUUGUGGCUGUCUAGCUGUCAUCUAUUUAUUAUUUUAUUUUUACAAAAGAGGGUAAAGUUUACAGAGGGCUUGUCCAAUGUUGCAUGACUAAUAUACGAAAUCAAAUCCAAGUUCAAGUAUUUUGAUUCCAGGUUGUCCCAAUAGCUCAGCAAGAUGUGAGAUUUGCUACAAUGAUAUUCCAUUUAUAAGACAAUGUGAUGUAGUAAUAUAAGCAUGGGUUUUUGGAAUCAAACUUGGAUUUAAGUCUAGCUGUUCCAUUCACUAGCUCUGUGACCUUGAGAAAGUUAAUUAACCUCAUGCAGUCUCAGUGACUCAAUCUAUAAACCAAAGCUAAUAAUACCUGUGAGAUUACUGUGAUAAUGUAUGUAAAGUGAGUGCAACACAAAAGGUACUCUGUAAGUGCUAACUGUGAUUAAUUCUUUAUCCAGACUUAUCUCCAACUAUAUGAUAUGAGUUCUCAAUUUCAACUAUAAACUGGCUUCUUUACUGUGUGGGUUUAAAUGUCAUGAACAGAAUAAACUUCAGAUCCCUGGCUCUUAUUCUUGUUUAUAAUACCUCAUGAUUAUUUUUGCCCAUGCAAAACCUACUCAUCUCUCACUUGUUCAAAUCUCACCUUGUCCUUCAGCCUUGAAUAAUUUGAGUAUCUUUGUUCUCCUCUUACCGCUAUCCACGACUCUGAAGUCAUAUAGUGCUCAUUUUGAAGAGUAUUGUGUAUUCCGUAAAUAUUUUCACUAUGUAUGUCUUUUUCCUGUGGCAAAAUUGUAUUUAGUGAUGGUCAGGACCCUUUUCUCAGAAUUUCUUUAUAGCUCUCUUAGCACUAGUGCAGUACUUGACACCAAGAAAGAUGCUAUUUAUUUGGUAAAUUCUCAAAAAAAGGAACAACGUAUGUACAAGAUCAGCCAUUGAAAAUUUCAUCAAAUGUGAUAUAAAGCCCUUUGUUUCCAUGUUUCCAACUUGGGCAUUUCCAUAUUAAACUUUCUUGAUUUAAGAAUGCUACAUCCAGGCAGAAUAACCACAGGCAGAUUGAUAUAAUAAUGUUUAUUGAAGCUCUAUAUGUGAAAGUAAUCAAGUAACAAAAUGAUUGGAAACAUUUGAAAGAGAGUGACUAUUUGGUAAAGAUAUUUCUGAAUUAGGAAUGAUCUUUGUCCAAUAAGUUUGAAACCUGACAUAGAGACAGCAUAUGUCAGUAUAAAAUAGUUUCAAUACUUCUUAAUCCACAGAAAAAUAUCCAUUUCAUACUAAUUCACCCAAAAUAAUAAGCUCUAUAACAUCAAAUAUUCUGAAUCAUGAUUCAGUAACACAAUUACUUAUUUUUAACAAAUGCUCUCAUCUUUUUUUUCUUUAUUGUCUUCAGUAAACACAGAUCCUCAUAACUAUAUAAUACAUUAUAGUGAGGAUAGAAUUAAACCUCAAAAUGAAAUUAAUUUCUUCAGAACUCUUUAAAAAAUUACCUGUGAGAAAUGGUGCUUGAUCUAAAUUUUAUUGUAGUUCUAGUAAUUACUGUAAAGCUCUAUGGGAUCCAUAUGUAAAACAAAUAUGCAGUAUUAAGAUGCUUUAUAAGUGGACUGUACAGACCUGGCUCUUGACUACAUAUAAUAUAUAGGUGUAAUUUUGACCUAUGACUUCUACCUUGGAAGAAAUGAACUCCUGCCUACUCCUACCUCCAACUUAUUUCAGAAUCAGUGCUUUAAUUCAGCACCACUGCAACCCAGUGUGAAACAAAACAAACAAAUCCCAGCUGUGCUGCUCCCAAGAGAGGUUUUUCCAGAGUAAUAUGAAGAGGCAUGCCAAGCCAUGCCAAGAUCUUAGACCCAGAGAGAGAUCAAACAAACAACUAACUAACAAAAACGGUAAAAGUUAGGGUUAGAAGAUUGAGCUUCCAUCAGAAGCUAUAUUUGUCCAAAUUCUCUCAAAGAAGGAAGAGAAAAUUAGUUAUUAUCUUUUAUAUGUAAACUAGCGGCCCAGUGCCCCCCCCUGCCAGCCUGGUCACCCCCAACUACCCCCCCGCCAGCCUGGUUGCUCCCAACUGCUCCCCCCAACCAGCCUGGUCGCUCCUUCUGACCCUCCAGCCGACCUGGCAACCCCCACUACCCCCCUGCUGACCUGGUCGCCCCCAACUGCCCCCCACCGCCAGCCUGGUCUCCCCACGCAGCCUGCUGUUCAGUCAUCUGUCUGGUUGUUUUGGUCCUGAUGGCCCCUUGCUUUUCAUAUAUUAGGACUAUAGGCCCAAUGCACGAAAUUCCUGCAAGGGGCUUGGCCCUCACAGUCCCGGCUGCCACCACUCUCUGCGGGGCAAUCAAUUGCGGAGCACCCCCUCCCCCAUUAAUUGCCCUGCAGAGGGUGGGACAACCCUGGCCUCAUGGCCCCGGCUGCCUCAUGGCCCCGGCUGCCUCAAGGCCCCGUAGUCUCGCUCCUCGCCCACUGGUUGUUCUGGAAGGUCAUUCCAGAAGGUUGUUCUGCCAUCUGGUCUAAUUAGCAUAUUAGCUCUUUAUUAUAUAGGAUAUGUAUUAUGUGUCUAGUUAAUAAGUGGACUUUGGUCUGUGAAAUAUAUAAAAAUUUAGACGAAGUUGAAUGUAUCCACAGUUUUACUGGUUAAAAGAAUAACUUUUAAAAAUUAAAUAAAUGAUGAAAUCCAGGUUAUAAGGAACCAUAUAUACUACUUAAGGGAACAAAAUUUAUCAACACCCUCAGUAGUUGGAAGCACAUUCCAAAGGGAUCUGCUAUUAAGAUGAUUUUAAUUAUCGAGGUACCUUAAAGAUCUGUAAAAAAUAUACCUUGGUUGAUAUACUUUGAGGUACUAUGAAUACUAAAAUGUUUAAUUGCUCUGUUUAAAACAUUGUGCUCAUAUUUUCCAUUAAUUCAGGCUUUUUACUGAAUUUUUUUGUUAAUUCAAAUUAUCUCUAGGCUCAUCCCAUGAAUAAAAGUGUUUUUCAUUUCAUUUUUGUCCUAAGGCUUUCUUUUGUUUUUAUUUUCUGAAAUGCUUUUUUAUAUAAAAAUGAUUUGUACAAUGUGUAUUUGAAGAGCUUUGUCACCAUUGUUUUUUAAUACUUAACCAUAUUGUAAGCUCCUUGUGGGCAGGACCCAUGCUUUGUGUAUAUCUUGUACCUGUAGAGUCCAGCACAGUGCUAAGCACAUAGAAAAUGCUCAAUAAAAACUUGAUGGAAAGUGCAAGUGA